UCCCAGUUGGAUGCUCUUACACCCUUUCCGAUUGGCUUUCCUCUCCAAGAGGCUGAACUGUGACAAGACUUCCUUCCGAAGCUGAGAAGCCCCCCUGAGAGAAGUAAGGAAGAAGAUGGCGGCAGAAGGGAGUCGCACGGUGGGGAUCGGGAUGGACUACUCACCGACGAGCAAAGUGGCAGUCCGAUGGGCCGUCGACAACCUCGUCUGCGCCGGCGACCAUGUCGUGCUGAUCCAUGUCCUGUCCAAGUCUGAUCACCACACGGAGAAGCAGCUUUGGGAAGAACAUGGAUCACCUCUGAUUCCUCUUGGUGAAUUUGAGGACAUGAACCUGACGGUGCGAUAUGGGAUCAGCCCGGACGGCGAGGUCUUGGAUAUCCUGCACACUGCAUCCGAGACCAAAGGGGUGAAGGUGGUCUCGAAGAUCUACUGGGGCGAUCCGAGGGAGAAGAUCUGUGAUGCAGUGGAGGAACUGAAGCUGGACUCACUCGUGGUCGGGAGCAGGGGCUUAGGAGCCAUUAAAAGAGUGCUGCUCGGGAGCGUUAGCAACUACGUCGUCGUCCACGCGACCUGCCCGGUCACGGUUGUGAAGUCGAAUGCCUGAUUCGCUGUGGCGUUCUCCCUAAGACAAACCUGUUUGCUUGCUUUGGUGGAAGAACAUUUAGCUCCUCAUGCUUUACUUGCUUUCUUUGGAGAAUAAGCUUCAGUGAGCAAAUAUUACCGAUUUAAUGGAUGUGUUUCUUGGAUUGUCUUAA